AUCUGGCAUACCUCCUUGGAAGUGCGAGAACAGCUAAACGAUGCCAGGCGAAGCCCAUGCAGCUCGCCCCCAGGCUGCAAGAGACUUUUUUCUUUAUACGAGGCCUAAACUUCCUACGAGAUCUGUCCGACCUAGCAUAAUGACUGUGCAUAACCUGCUUUAAUUGGGCUAACUGGCUCCAGAGUCAACUAUUGUGGUUUUGAAACGGCCCCCCUCCACUGUCCCCUUGUUGCAUUAUCAAAGAAUUUGGUGCACAUUAUAAAAUGCCUAAUUACAGGGCACACUGUGUUUCCUUCCGAUGCCUAGAGCUCACCAGGGGUCAUUAUUACUUGGCUCCGUGUCCGCAUGUGCAUCCUUGCACUCGUUCUUCACAUUUUUUUUUUGUUCUUUCCUUUUCCUUUAACACCCACUCUCGACCGUUGUGGUUCACUCCAACACACGAGCAAACGGAUAUACGGUUUCUCUUCCUUACAAACACAUCUAAUUGUACUUAUAAAACAUCCUCUCAGACAUUCCUGUGAUUAUCUGUCAAAUAUUUUGGAGACGUUACCGACUGUGACUAACAUGUGUUUCUGAGCACAGAUUGACACGUUGUGGUUUUUGGUUUUGUUUCAAGCAACAUUGAGCAUGCCAGUGGAAAUAACAGGGGUUGGUAAAAUGUAUUUAAAUGACUGCAAAGAGGAACUUGGUUUAACGUUGCUAUCCAAAACAUGAUAAUAAAAUAAAGUCGAUUUUUUUUACAUUUCCGAAAGGAAGAAAAAAAUGCUUGCAAAUGCAAAACUCAUCUGUAAAUAAAGGAAAUGGCAUGCUGUGAAGAAGUCUAAGACUUUCUGCAUUACCACAGAGAACAUUACAAUAAAUGACAGAACGUAAUUGAAACUUCUAUCUCUCUAUUUCCGUCUCUUCCAACUAAAUUGUCUUGAACCACGGUAAAGCCUGAGGUGACAGUGGAGCUUAUCUCACAGAACAAGAGGAAAAAUAAAUGACGCCAGGAAAGGAAAAUGUCAAGUAACUUUAUUAAGCCCACAAAUUCAUGUCACAUUGAGCUUAGCUCAAACCUAAACCAUCUGUAUGCAUUUUGUCCACUGCUUCCUCUUUAUCUUUACAAACGUGUAUAAGCUUUUGUUUGGGAGGCUUUGGUUGGGGGCGAUUAGACAGCCAAAGGAGAAAGACAGCUGUUCUUUCAAGAGGUACACUUGGAAAUAAUGCCAGAAGACUUAUUUAGGACUAGUUAGGUACAAGUAUUUUUGCGAAGUCAGACAGCCCAGUGUUUUAUUAUUUUGUUUUGUUUGCUUGUUUGUUUGUUUUCUUUACUUGUUUUAUUAUUUUAUUUUAUUUAUUUUUUAUUUUAUAAUGAUUUUUUUAUUAUUUUAUUUUAUUUUUGGCAUUCCUGUUUUGUUUCAUUUUGUGAGCAAUAUAUAAUUUCUUAUACGACCCAGACAUUUCUUGACAGUCUCCAUGAGCUUCACCCAACUAUUCGUUAUGUGUCUUAUUCUAAAAGACUUUUCCUUGCAUCACCGUUCAACCCCCUUCUCCCAUUUCCUCAUGGACCCCAUUGAUAAUGUGUGACCAAGGGAAUCUGGGCGUUCUUGGGCAAUGGGAGUCCCCAUGACCAGGCACAAAGCCCCCUGUCAGUUACCUUUUCACCUUUGGCUGGUGAAAAGGAGGCCCUGAACAAUAGGGGCCGCUCAGCUGGAGAUGGUGGAGUCUCAUGGGUUUGGGAACUCGCUCACUCUCUGCUCGUUUCCUCUUUGACUCUCCAUGUUCAUUUGAGGCCACCUCAAGGUGCAUUUGUUCACCCCCUCCUUCUGAUAACACAGAAGCAGCCUUGCCUGUUAUUGCCUUGCAGCCUUUUUAAAGAAAAGUUGCUAGAGAGACAGACAGACAAUGUGUCAAGGGGGGUACUUGAAGAAGUCUACAUUCUCCUGUGGGAGUACUUCCUAUUAGCCCACAAUGGUCCAUACAUUAUAAAGUGGCUUUGUAUGGAAGCUAUUUCCAUGCUAAGUAAACUUGUUGUAUUGGUGUCUUUCAUCCUCUAUCACUGCUAGAUCGGAUUUAACUGCGGAUCAGACUUUUGUUUGCAUUUUCUCUUUUAUUUAUCAACUUUGUUACGUUUAUCAUAUUGCCUAUUGUAUUUAAGAAUUAAAUAAUAUGUAAUUAUAUUUUCCAAACUUACAUCAGAGCAUUAUGAAUAUGAGUUUUUCAUAUUACUAUGUUGAUGUUGUUUCUGCUUAGGUAAUCCUGUACUGUGCAUUUCUAGUUAAAAUAUAUUUCUGGUGAUAAUUCAAGGAAUAAACAUGGUACUGUUGUUAGUUUCUCAUGCCACUAGAGAGCAGUAAUAGACCCAAUGAUUUCUUUUUCUUUUCUUUUUUUUUCUUCUUUUUUUUUUCAUUUCCAUUGAGUUAAAUAUAAUAAUAAUAAUAAUAAUAAUACAUGUAAUUUAUUAUUUAAUUUAUUAUUAUUAGGUCAUUUAGAUUUUAAUUUAAGGCACAAUCAGCAUGUGCACUUUUAAAUGUGGAUUAAAGGUAUAAGGGAACUAAUGAAAUGCAUACAUGGGUGACCAGAACUGCAUAAAGGUAUAUGAUUAGAUUUGUAAGAACAGAAAAGUUUGAACUCAUUGCAGAAAAGGAAUCUUCACCGCUAACAAAUGUAGGCCUGCCCUUAAAAACCUUCAAAAAGAAAAGAAAGUGUUAAAAUUAUAAACUUAAGUGUCAACAGUGGUUGAGCAACAGAUAAGCUCUCCUGUGCAAAUGUUUAGGCCGUGAAAGACGGAGGCAGUGUUCUCUUCUCUGUAGCGAUAUCCGAUUCGCGAAAGAAUCUUUUGAAUGAACUCAUUUAAAAUUCAUUUAAAUGAUUCUGUUGAACCGAUUAGCAAACUGUACUGUAAGGGAUUAUUUUUUUGUACGAGGAAAACUGUUAACAUUACCUGCUAGCCUGUAUCACAAAGUCGAGAACAAUUAAUAUUAACAACAUGAAUUAAUUUUAAUGGGGAAUAAUAAUGUUUAAAAGCUAAUGUUGUUGGGAUAGCAAAUAGGCUGAGAAUUAUGGGCGAGGUGUGACCCUCUAGUUAAUAAAGAAUUAUUAUCAUUAUUAUUAUUUGUAUUUAUUUUAUUUUUUAAGGAUUAUUCAUUGUUGUUGUUGUUGUUAGUAAUAACCAUCUUGAUAUUUUAUAGGCUAACUGUAUAUGCAAUUCAACAAUUUUCGAUUUUCUUGUCAACACAAAUGUUUAAACACGUUUGUUUAAAACGUCUUUUAUAGACUAUAGUUGACAUUUAGCUCACUGUAAGCAUAAUUUUGGUUUCGAUAAAACGACCCUAACAGAAACGUAUUCUUUUCAAAAUUGACCCAGAUUUCUCACCUGAAAGUCGGUGAAUAAUUUGCAUGAACUGCGCAACAUUGGGAAUAACCUAUAUAGCGUAAUGUAAAAGAUUGUUAUAAACAGCGAAUCUGCUGUAAAAGUACACAUAUGCCUAAAUGUCCCAGUAGGAACACCUUUAAAGAAUAACUCAAAAGAAGUGGUGAGUCGGCUCUUUGAAUUGGUUCAUUGAAUCGAAUCAUUCGAUUGAACCGAUUCGCUCAAAUGAAUCGGUCGUCCGUGUGCUAGUGUUCUGUGACACACACACACACACAGACACAGGGAGUGAAUGUUGAGUCCUGUAGAGCCAAUGAGCUGGGACCGGAUACGAUAUAUCCUCUGGGACAACAGCUACUCUGUUCACCCCCUUCACUUCCACAUGACGCCAUUUACAGCAUAAACCCGACCUCCUCUCCGGAAAGAAGAAAAAACAAGAGCUGAAAAACUUGAAAGCAGCACAGUGUGUGCCAUGCAGCCAAACAUUCAACUUGCGAACCGCAACGCGUCUUCUUGAGCGUUUUUUAUUUGUAUUUUUUUCAGUAAACUCUGCUCAUUUUGUUGGAUUCUGGAACUUAUUUUCUUUUUGGCAUAAAUAGCGGUUUAACAGCAUAAAUUAAACUACACUGUGUUCCACUUGGAAUAAAAUUCUGAUGUUACUGUUUCGCGCGAGUUGCGCGGAAAGUAGGCGAAUACGAGGACGCGCGGGUGUUUGCUAUCAUCGGGAUUUUUGUGAAUGAAUCACCCAAUGAACUGAGGACUAACCAAAGAGAAAUUCCUACUAGUAGGAUAUACUCUUCACAACACAAAUAGGGGGUUGAGGUGGUGAGAUCACGGACUUCAGAUGUGUUCAAUGCCAGCCGGAGAGUUCCCACUUCAAAGUAAAGAUGGAGACAAGACCUCAAAAUGGCGGCAGCGGCUCCUCUGGCUUGCUGCGAGCUUUGCGUGACACUGGCAGACCCCAGACUGGGGACUCAGAGCCUUGGGAGGGUCAGGUGCUCUCCCUGGACCAGAUAAGGACCAUCCGCAGCAGCAAUGAGUACACGGAGGGCCCAACGGUGGCACCCCGUCCGCCGGCCUCCCAGCAGAAAACGGACUUGCAGUCUUCUAGCCCGACUUCCACCGCCUCUAUUGAGCUCUCCGAGCAUAGAAACUCCCCGAGGGCCCAACGAGCCGGACAGCAGACUCCUCAACAAGCCCCUCAGUCGCCAAGGAGCGGUGUGAGCAGAUCCACCAGUGGCACCAGUGACGGGUCACGCAGCACUGCCAGGGUCAGCACAGGCAGCACCUCGUCGGAGCAAAGACUUUUGGGAAACGCAGGAGGGACGGCCGAGCGGGUGGUGAGGGCGCAGCCUAAACGUUCAGAGCUGAAGCAGGAGGAACUGAAGCCCUUGGCCACGAUCCCAGGCCAGGCCGCUGACGGCAAGCACUCGAAUCGCUGCGAGGACUGCGGCCGCUGCAAGUGCGAAGGGUGCACCUGCCCUCGGACCCUGCCGUCCUGUUGGAUGUGCGGCCGCAGGUGCCUUUGCUCGGCGACAACAGCGAUGGACUAUGUCACCUGCGUCUGCUGCGUCAAGGGUCUCUUCUACCACUGCUCCAACGACGAUGAGGAUGUGUGCGCGGACAAGCCCUUCUCUUGCACCCAGUCGCACUGCUGCAUGCGGUGGACGGCCAUAAGCGUCCUGGCACUUUUCCUGCCCUGCCUGUUUUGCUACCUCCCGGCAAAGGGCUGCGUGGCGUUGUGCCAGGCGUGCUAUGACUGCACCAGUCGGCCAGGAUGCCGCUGCAAGAACAAAGGAGUUGAGAAAUAAACGAGGCUCGGUUCCUGGAGUAGCACUGGGAAGAUAACCUUAUCUGGGACUAUCUCCAGAGCAGUGGAAAAAUAUUCGCAAAUUGUUGUAGUUUUGGCACUGUAGACCAAGAGGUGACAUUGGAUUGGCAAAAACUGGUUUGAAGUGGUUUGUUUGUUUGUUUGUUGCUCUUCUUUCUCUCUUUCUAUUUCACUCUUUAAGGGGGAUAGAGUUUGUCGCAACAUCCUUCCCCUGUCCUUUUCGUUUUAAACUGAAGUCCAGAAUGUUAGCCCUAUUGACAUUCAGUAAUAUGACUGAUAAAGGUGACAGACUCUUCUAACUAACUGUUUGUGAAUAGUAUCUGCAAAGUAUGUAAAUUAGCAAAUGAGCUCUUUUUCUGAGAGAUUUUAUUUUUGUACAUAUAAUAUUUCAACUGUGAAAAGCAUUGUGCCAAACCAGAGGCACCUUGACAGAUCCAUAUAUAUGAUGCAUAUAUAAAACGUGUAUAGUGCUGUACAUUCGUUUCGAAUGUAUAUCAAUCACUCUUUUGAUAUUUUGCCUUAUAGAAGAGAAACCUUACAUGAAUUAUCCCUACAACUAUACUUGUAAAUUGUACAGUGACCCUAAGAAAAACUUUAUUUUCUAAUUUCAACACAUUGUUUAGUGUAAAAAUAUUUAUUUGAAGUUUUAUUAUUUUAUAAAGUAAUAUUUAUUUUGAAAGGCAUCUUUAUAGGCAUCACCCCAACUUUGAGAAACAAAACCUCCUCUGUUGUUACUGCAAAACAAGGGUGUCAAAUCUGAUGCAUAUGUUCACUAUAAAAUAGAAAAUAUAUUAACGUUUUGAAAUUAAACAAUGCAUUUUCUGUGGUUUUUUUUUUCUUUUUUUAUAACUGGCCUGCUGUUGACCUUGUUUUUAGCCUUUGAGCACAAAGAACCAUUUCAGAAAAUCUACUGUGUUUUCAGUCGCCUUUGUUUACCCGAUGGAUCUUCUGUCAGGGUCGCGUUUCACUUUGCGUUUAUGAUGACAGCGAUGAUGUUCACAGAGCUUCAGUUUCGAGGUCAUCUGAAAAUAAAGCGAUGAAAGUGAUAGUGUACGCUGGCAAAUCAGCAAAAUAGGUGCGUUACUGAGAGAUUCUAUCGAUGAGAUCUUCCUGCACAAAGGAGAUCAAAUGAAGUUUAAUAUAGCUCACUAGAAAUGCAACAUUGAGAAUUGUCUGGUGUUGACUGUUAUUUCAUGAAUGAUCUUGCUUUAACCGUGACCAUUUGGAGACACAUAAUCUCAACUGUAAUAUUGCAGAACUGUGUUAGUUUGUGUUGUUCUGGUUGACCAAGAAAACCUGUCAAGUCUUUAGUCAUGUAAUAGUCACACUGAAUUAAGUUAUCAAGUUAUGAUUACCAAUAAUUAACACCAGUAUGUGGAACUCCAAACUGCUUGUCUGAUAGAACCACCAAAAACAAACUGAUCUCAGAUCAAGAUCAACCCCAGUUCCUUUACAAAGAAGCCCUGAUCUCGAGCCAGGCCUUCAGGGGUAACUUCCAGCCUCCCCUGCCAGCAGCGGAUACUGGCUGCAUUUACUUCCAUGGGAAACAUCUGGCACUGGUUUAAUCAUUGAAGUAUGCGAACCACUAGUUGACAUCAGGAGGAUCAGAGAUUGUUUCUGUUGGCAAGCCGUUGUUUGCUACGCUCCCUCCAAUCCUCGCUCGUGUUAUGGAAACUGCCCUGUGGGAAUAUUAAGAUUAGAUAUGGUAUACAAAAGAUGCUUUAUCAAUUCUGCUUUUGAGGAAAUUUUCGCUCCCCAGACACUCUCCGAGUUGCUUGGAUGUGGUCAUGUAAGUUGCGAUGUUUAACCUUUUUGUAUUAACAAACUUGAUUGCUGAAACUUCGCAGAUAACUCUGUUUGCAUUAUCACAACUUUAUUUGCAAGAGUAAAAUCACUUUAAAACUAAAUAUGACUUUAAAGUUCUCAAAUUCAGGUCCCAGAUUUUACAUUCCAAAUAAAGUGUCUUACAUUUAAGUUUAACUGGUCUGUGCAAAUGGUCAUGGUUAAUUGCAAUUUUAGUGGUCUUUGGAGUACAAACCAUCAGUUGGGAAUCACUCUUUAAAACUAAAGUGGCUUAAUGUGUCAAGGUUACUUUUUUUCUUUCCUUUUUUUUACAGCAAAUGUUUUUAAAAUAAUAUAUAUUGAUCUUGCAAUGCAUGUACGCUUCCUUUUGUAUAGUCACAAAGUAAAAGUCUGUUCCUUUUUUCCCAUUUUCUUCCCUGUGACAUGAUAUGCACUACUGGCAUUCGCACUGUUGUUAAAGCGUGUUGGUGCAUGUUUGUUAUUUUGCCGAGGGUUUGAGUGACAGGCAGCCAGCUUUCACCCCUCAGUAGGGAUGAGCCCCCUUCCCCGUUUACGCGGCAAAAGGUGGAAAAACAAAACCGUCCCGAUCGCUUGAGUGCAUCGUUUUCCGGCUUGCCUCCCACCCAUUGUUUUAAGCUGUGAAUGGCAGGGCAGCGACGGGGGGUUGGUUUGCUCAAGAAAGCCCCGCAAAGGGUUAAAGACAUUACUUUAAAUGACAAUGGGCCAACAGUUUACCCCCACAUUCGAACCCUUGUGUAUUCACCAUCUUUUCAAUGGCCCUCAGUUAUUUCACCGCCUCUUAAGCCUCUUCAACUACCUGCUUGGUAUUCUCACAGGGCAGCCUUUGAGUGCGAGUGUGUGUGUGUGUGACAGCACGCACGCGCAUGUUUCCUACUUUGCGUGCGAGUGUUUAGCAGCCGCUAAAUGUGUUGUUAUGGGUGCAGGCAGCACAAAAGAAGGAUAGAUGGGAAAAAUGACACCCUUUUGAAAGAGCUGCAAUUGCAUGCCAAGUUCUAGAGAAAUAUAGAUUUCUCCAUUGAGCAGAAAAAUGGGUCAGAUAAAGGCUGGGAGGGUUGACCUCAAUAAACAGACAACAGACGGGACGGAACUUACUUUGUCUCAAAAAUUAACACUAGUAUUAAGUGCUCGCCUAGGCCGGAACGUCUAGUUAUUGUCAAAAGGAAUGGAUUAGACCAAUGGGAAGUUACUUAAUUUGUCGUUGAAGACGUUAUGUACCAGUCUAUUGAUGUUUGGUAUGUUUUGAAAGGGUAUUGAUUACUUCCAUCCUCAUUCUAAAUUUAACAGUGUCAAUGAGGACAAGCUACACAGGCAAAGAGAGAUAACCCUGACUGGUUACCACAGGACUAAACAGGCAAACAACAGUGCAAGAAAAAAGAAGAAAAAAAACAAACAGAUACUGUUUAAAGGUAUAGUUCACCCAAAAAUGAAUUUACCUUAAGAAAAAAAAAAGUUUUCACAGUCAACAGGCUGUCAAAAUACGGUGCAUUAUUUUAAAAACACAACAUAUUCACAUUUGGAGACCAAACAAACCGAAAAAAAAAAAUUAAUAAAAAAGACAAUAGAACAAACACUGUUUAAAAAAAAUAAAAAAUAAAAAAGUUAAGGGAAAAAACAUCCUGUUGUUGAACACAGCUGAAUCUAAACUGAAACCAAAAAAAAAUAAUAAUAAUAAUCUUUUUCAUUAACACACCCUCAGAUCCAAAGAGACACCCCCAUUAAGCAAGAGCAAGAGAGUCUGAAAAAAGAGAGUGCGCAUUUGUGCAGAAAAAGAACGAGAGAGAGAGAGAGAGUAGGCAGCAGAGCAAUUGGAAAAGCCCCCAGAGCGUCUCUUUGUUGGUUUUAGCUGGGCCCCGGCGCUCAUGCCCCGUUCUGAAGCCCAGAUCUAUUCAGUCUGCUCAUCAAGGCAGAAUACUCAACAGGAAGGAAGGAAGCGGCCCAUUCUUUAUACGCCCAUUGUCUGACCACCGGGCUUAAGCAAUCAAACAGCAAUGUGCCGAAAGAGAGAGAAAGAGAGAGAGAGCAGGAUGAGGUGCUCGGUGGGGGCAGGGAACGAGAGCCCAUGGUCUGUGUUCCAUCCUGAAGUUUUUAUCUGUGUCUCUGGCAGUCAGGGGCUUCCCGAUUUCUUCACAGUCACAAUCUGUAUGCAUUUUAAAACGUGUUCUGAUUCUGAUUAAAGACAACAUUGGCUUUGUGCACAUUUUGAACUUAGGGAUGGAAACAUGCUUUACACAAAUAUGCAGACAUUGCACAUGUACUCAAGAUAGAGAGUUUCAAGUGUUUGCACCAAACGAAAGUGUUAUUAUUAAGCUAACAGCUAUACAAUUCUAUAAAAUAUUGAUUGUUUUUCUUAAGUUAAUUAGUUUUUGUUCCGCCAGUAUUUGACUUAAAAAGGAAACUGACUGUACAAGAAGACAGUUAAUGCUAAUGUGUGCUACAGUGCCCCUUGUGGCGACGCUGGGAAUGCAAUGCACACGUGUGGUCUGGCACUAUAUUUCAGACCUCUUUGUUAAAUGAAAGACAAUAUUAGACAUUUGCAGUAAAAUCAUAAAUAAUACAAACUUAUGAGUGUUACAAUCUUGUGUGUUAAAUUUGCUUCUCCCAUUGUAAAUGUACACCGUGACAUUCUGCAGCAUUCUCUCGCUCUCGCUCUCUCGCUACAAACUCAAACUACAUUCUAAAACUCGUCCUGACAUUCCUGCCUGAAUGAGCCUUCGGCUUUACCCAAAGGCAGGGGAAGAUUAAGUUUCCAAAAGAAAGAGGGAUGAAAUUCCAUAAUUGCAUGGUCCUUUCUCUUCCACCCUCCUUCUGCACCUUCCCACCCUUUCUCAUUUCAACAACAAGCACCAGAUCUUUUCAUAACUUAACAUGAAAUAAAUUCAUCAAGAAAUGCAAUCAUUCGUAGUUUUAUUUUAAAAUGACACUAUACAGAAAUUACAUUAUACUAUGAAUAUUGUGACUUCAAAUAAAUAUUUAGAACUUG